AUGCACGCAUUUGAUAACGACAAGAUUGUCAACAUCGAAUGGCUUCUCCAAUCCAUCAGCCAUGGGCGCCCUCUUCCAGAAGCAGAUUACACGUUGAGUAAUGCGAAAACAAUUCGAUUGAUGCAAAAAGAGGUCGGAAAAAGUAAUCAGAAAAAUGAGGACGAUGAUGAGCAAGUUUCAAAAAGCCUCAAGCGAGAUUUAUUCCUUGAAAGCUUGGCUUACAACGUCCCCUCGGAAGACCGAGCAGGCCAUACGGUUUGGGAAGAUGAUGGAGUAAUCUGGGACGCGAUAUUAUUCAAGGCCGAGUCUACUCAAAACUUGAUCAUUCGCCGUUUGCAGCUUAUUCAAAGCGGGAAGUCGGGCAAGUAUCAUACAUGGAGUCAUGAAAGAGUCAAUUCAGCCCUCACAGAAACCGAGAUAGCAGGCCUGGGAGACCUGGCAGAUGCCAAAGCUGUAUUCAAAAAGAAAUUUCGAACUGCGACUGGCCACGACUGGGAAAGCCGUCAUGAAGAACCAGAAAAGUCCAAAUUCGUAUUUCUCCUACGUCAGUACGAUCGUUCGAAGACAAAUUCACGAUUUCUUUCACCGGGCGUGAAGUCGGUGCUCGAACUAAUUGGAAAUACUGCACAAAAAUAUGCUACCUUCCGAGUCUGUGACAACUCGAAUAUCGCAAGAUAUGUCAGGAAUGUCAGGCACUGGCAUGCACAUCGGGUCAACUCCAUCCCGAGCAUAAAUCACGAUCAACUGCAGACCGGUGUUGCUCUCUUGAAACGAAUGAUGAAGAAGCCAGGUUAUGUUGAAGGACUGGCGUCCGACAAAGAUGUCUUCUCGGCCAUGACCAAAUGCUAUAAGGGUCUCGUAUCAAUGAUUAUGGACGGACGCUAUUCUGUUCAAGAUGUCGAGCAGCAAAUAGACAAGUUCAAGUUUUCAGGUCAUCAGACACCCAAAUCGCAUCUGCGGAAUGUACUGGUACUCACGUCCCCAACAUCGCGAGGCCUUGAAAAGAUAGAACAGCUAGAUAAAUCUGCAAGCGAGUACACAGUUUUAGCAAAUUACUUCAGCUUUUCAGCUAACGCUACACUUUCACCCGCCAACACGUCUAUCCAGCUUAUCAACAUAUUCUGCAUCGAACGCACGGGAGAGGCGACGCGAUACGGUGCAUGGAGGAAAAGCCAUUCGAGCCAAGCAAGAAGGCUCCUAUGGCACGGAUCACCUAACCAAAACUUUCGAGGCAUUUUGGCGGAAGGGCUUUGUGGAGGACUACAACAUUCCCAUAUCUAUCUCUCUGAGCUUGCGGGGGUUUCCAAAGAUUAUUGUCUAAAGGGGGGUGGUGGUCCCGAGGCGCUCAUGCUCCUCUGUGAAGUGGGUGGCCCAUUUAUUGCCCCAGAUAGAAGUCGAUGGCGUGAUGCUGGCCAUAUCAAUGGUGAUCUAGCAGGUGUCAAGAUGCUUAAUAUUGCUAUGGGACAGAAAAUCACCCCUUCCUUUAACUUUCAGUAUCAGCACUAUUUUGCCAACGAAUCUCAGGUUCGAAUGCGCUACCUAUUCCACUUCAAGUACAAUGACGAGUCUAUGGCCCAGUACUUUCCUCCAACGCCCGAGGGAUUAACGGUCGUGAACUCCAAGCAUCAAGAGGGUGUUCAAAUAUCGUAUAAAGAGCCAGGAAUCUGCGAAACCACACCAGGGGUCAGGUCGUACUCCGGCUAUGUUCAUUUACCUCCCGGUACACUGGAAGAUGUCGGCGUCGACCAAGAGUACCCCAUCAACACAUUUUUCUGGUUUUUCGAGGCACGCCAUAAUCCCAGAAAUGCGCCGCUGUCCAUUUGGAUGAACGGUGGACCUGGCUCGUCAUCCCUGAUCGGUCUAAUGCAGGAGAAUGGACCCUGUGUCGUCAAGUCCGAUUCUAAUUCGACCGAACUCAACCCCUGGUCCUGGAAUAACUACGUAAACAUGUUGUAUAUCGAUCAGCCCAAUCAAGUGGGAUUCAGCUAUGAUAUUCCCACUAAUGGCACCUUUGACCAAAUCAAGUCAGCUUGGAAUGUCUCGAAAUGGACACAUGGUGUUCCAAUACAGAAUAACACAUUCUAUGUCGGCACAACUACUAGUCAGAAUGGGAGUUUGACUGCGAAUAAUACGGAGAAUGCCGCUCGGUCGCUAUGGCACUUUGCGCAGACGUGGUUCUCCGAGUUUCCGGCGUACAAGCCACAUGAUGAUCGUGUCAGCAUCUGGACAGAGUCAUACGGCGGUCGCUAUGGUCCGUCGUUCGCGGCAUUUUUUCAAGAGCAAAAUGAGCGGAUCCAAAAUGGUACUAUCGGUUCCCCGGACGAGGCGCAUUAUAUUCACUUAGAUACGCUAGGGAUCGUCAAUGGGUGUAUCGAUUUACUUCUUCAGGAACCUAGCUAUCCGAAGAUGGCGUACAACAAUACCUACGGGGUGGAAGCUAUUAACAAAACUUUGUACGACCAAGCCAUGAAUGACUGGAGCCGUCCGGGGGGAUGCAAAGAUCUUAUCAUUGAAUGCCGUGCCCUUGCCGCAGAUGGCGAUCCCCAGAUGCAUGGGAACAAUGAAACAGUCAAUAAGGCAUGCAACCAGGCUUCCGAGUUCUGCAACAAGAAGGUUGAGGGUAUCUAUCCUGCAUACGCCCAGCGAGGAUACUACGAUAUAACCCACAAAGAUCCAGAUCCGUUCCCAGAGCCAUUUUAUUUUGGAUACCUCAGCCAAAAUUGGGUGCAGAGAGCGCUGGGUGUACCUAUCAAUUUUACCGAGUCAAUUAACAGUGUCAGCAGGGGAUUUGCAUCAACAGGUGACUACCCUCGCGCUGAUGUGCAUGGCUAUCUUCAUGAUAUUGCCUAUCUCCUAGACGCCGGUAUCAAAGUCUCGCUCAUAUACGGCGAUCGUGAUUAUGCCUGUAAUUGGAUUGGAGGCGAAGAUGUGAGUUUGCGCGUCGACUACUCCAAGGCUCCGGCUUUUCGAGCUGCUGGGUAUUCGCCUCUUCAGACAAACUCUUCGUAUGUCGGAGGUCAGGUUCGCCAGCACGGCAAUUUUUCAUUUGCUCGAGUCUAUCAAGCUGGGCAUGAAGUGCCUGCUUAUCAACCACAAACGGCCUAUGAACUCUUUCACCGUGCGCUCUUCAAUCGUGAUCUGGCGACGGGUAAGAUAAACACUGCUCACAAUUUGUCAUAUUCGACCAGUGGUCCUCAAUCGACUUGGCACAUUAAGAAUAAAAUUCUUGCAACUCCAGAUCCCGUAUGCUAUAUUCUCUCCUUGGAGGCUACAUGCUCCGAAGAUCAGAUUGCCAGCGUGCUCAAUAAUACGGCCGUGAUCAAGGACUAUAUUGUGAUGGAUGAUGGCUCUCAAACAUUCGAAAAAGAUCCGAUUUCAUUUACCAAUUACUAA